GCUGCUGGGGGAAGGGUGGUCGUUUUGGCAUCCUGGGUUUGUGUGUGAGCAGUGAGAGGGUGGAACAGACAGAGGCGAGGUGUGAAGUGUGCGAUAGGAGUUCACGUUAGCGCUGCCUUCUUCACUGCUGUUAUCUUCCAUCCACCCUCCUCGUCUACUUGUAUUUGAGGAGAAGAUUGAGGGGCAGAUAAGGAUAGGAGAGUGAUAAAGGAAGCAAAGAGAGAGAGCGCGAGCAAAGGGCUGGGGAGGCUAACUGAAGAUUCAAGCUGCAGUGUGGCUCCGGUUGUGUUUGGGUCCGUGUGUGUGUGUGUGUGCGUGUAUGUGUGUGUGUGACUUCAAGCACUCGUCUCUCCAGCCUGUGUGUCGCCACCCCGUCGUCACCAUAGAGAGGACACUUAUACUUCGACUUCUUGUGGUUUGUAGAUGCGAUUGCGGGAGCUGAAUCCACCACCACCUCCACCACUACCUCCACCACUUCCUCCUUCCCCACACGUUCCUCCUCCCCCAUCGUGAGAGAGGUUAUCUGGGUCUGCCUGAGUCCCGCCUGUCCUGCCUCCUUCCGACGCUCCCUUUCCCGUACAGUGCAGGCCACACUCCGGUAUCCCUCGUCUCAAUCUUGCACAAGCAUCAUGCGUAUGGUCUUCCAAGGACGCACCAGAAGAUUCCCGCCGCAUUCAGAAUUCACGAGAUAACUUGGAAGAAAACUGUAACUUCAAGAGGUACAAAAAAAAAAAAACAGCCCAGAUUAUCCCCUGAAGUGUCUCAUGUCAUCUGUCUUACUGAGAUUUAUCCACUCCAGCCCCUGACUGCUGGCUUUUUUCCUGUUUCCAAAGGAGCAUUUCAUGGACUUUGCUUUUAGUGCGAUGUAUUAACUAAAAGAAAGAAUACUGUUUGUACCCAAACUUCUUUGGUGUAUCGUCUCCUUUUCUCAAUGUAAAAGAACUUCACCUAAUAACUUCUCAUCCUUCAGUCAUUAGACUUUAAAAAAGAAUAGAACUUGAGGCACGCACGAAAUUGAUAAAUCUCAAGUAGCCUGACAGAGGUGCAGUGGACGCAGCCGCACUUCCAUCCCUGUAAUAGUUUACGGUUGUCUCCCUCGUGAUGCUGCCAACCUGUCUGUGAUCCCUGCAUGCCGCCACAUCCACCAAAGAACCUUCCACUCCACUGUCACUGACGCACAACAAUUCCUCAGGGCAAGUGUGCUGUCCGCUCGCGGCUUCUCGUAUAGCACAUCGACUUGGUGAACUAUUUUCGAACGUGGAAAGUGCUCGUGUACGUGUGUUUGUUGACCUCUACGAUAUUCUGCGUGUGUGUGCGUGUGAAGAUCCGGUGUCGAGGAACAAGCUGUAGUGCCUACCAUUAUAGACUUACAACAUUACCAUCAACAACAAGAACACACUAAGCUGUUGUUAGGGAUACUAGAAUCACAUCAGUUCUCAUCUAUCAGCUGCUCUCCGUCCAUCUGUUCGCUCCGAGAUGACUGCCGAGAUCCCCCUGACGGAGACCUUGGAGGGGCUGGCUGAGGCCUCCCUCAAACCAACCGACAAUGUGGACCAACUCAAGGCCCUCGUCUCCAGACUACACACCAGGAUCAAGGCGCAAGGUGCUGAGAACCGCCAGGAGGUGGUGUCCUUGAUGGCUGCGUCCCAGCACCAGGGAGUGGAGAACCUGGUCAGGGUUAUAGAGCUGUGCCGUGACCCCCCACUGGUGGGUGCAGUCUGUGUUCUCCUCCAUGACCUUCUCUCACCCAGCCAUAAAGUGGAGCUACGCCUGGAGGUCCUUCACAAAUGCCUGGCUCUCAACACAGCUGAGGUCAUUUUCCGCACCCUCAAGACCUUGUCUGCCGAUGGUUUGGGAGCCAUUGAUGUGUGUAUCCACCCAGCCUACCAGGUCCUGGCAAAACUGGCAUCUAAAGAGCCCAAGCUGGCGGUGAGGGCACGUUUGGUCGGGGGCGUGAAGCUGACCCACCAGCUGCUGCAGGCACAUAGCAAGAACAGUGUGCCCCUGCUGCCCCUCCUCAUGGUUGCCAAAUACCUCGCUAAGAACUCUACCAACCAGAUGAUGCUGGGCAAGGAAGGCUGUGUGGCCACCUUGGCGACCAUCCUCAGUUCAGUGCCCAAGACUCACUGGGCCAAGAUCAAGUUCAUCAUGGAGGUCUUGGCACUUCUCACAAAAGCUAAUUAUGUGAGUCCUCGCCUGGCAGCCAUUGUCCGGGCUAAUGGCCACAGUAAGCUCCAGGCCGUCCUAAACUGUUUCUUUGAGAGCAAUGUGAUUCGCCUAGUGCGUGAGUCUGGGCUGCAGCGUGUCUUAGCUCUCUUGGACUCCUGGGAGAAGGUGGAGCGGCGCCAUCAAGUGAAGCUGAUCCGGGGCAUCCUCAGCACUCUCUCCCACGUGUGUGACUCAAAGCAUGGGCGCAAGGCUGUGUUAUCCCUGAGUGGUGUUGAGAUAGUGCAGCGCUUCAUUCAAAUGUGCCCUGCUGACAAAAGAUUUGACAACAACCUUGCCAGUGCAACCAAUGUAUUUCUCAAGUGUAUAAGCAAAGGAGAGUUACCAGUUGCUUCCACCCGAGGUGCUGUUACUUUCCAGGUGCCAAACAGGGAUUCAUCACAAACACCUUCAGAUAUUCAGGGUGAUCCAUCAGGACUAGAUGUAGACUCCUCAGAAGAUGAGGGUGAAUAUGAUGUUGAAGCUGAAGAUGAAGAUGUUGAAUUGCAAAAAGACUUUAAAGGAUUCAGCAUCACUACUGAGUAUACCCCAAAGCAGAUAAGGGAAGAUGAGUUACUCAAAUUUACUCCUUUGUUUCCUGAACUUAAUGACUUUCAGGUUCAGUCCAGCACAAAAUUUAAAGAUUCUAUUUUAUCAUCCAGCAAAGGAAGUGUGAGAGAGGGUGUAAGUGUGGCCAAUGCUGAACAGUACUUUAAAGCCUCAGAUAGUACCAGAACCCUUAUUAACUUUGUGAAGGUGGCUUAUCCUGACAUGGUAGGAGCCCAAGGAUCUUCCCAACUUGAAGAGCUCUAUGAAAAGGAUCGCAAGGUUUGCAGAAGCAAAGCUAUUGCCACUGUGGAACGAGUUCUCCACCCUGAGGUGUAUCUGGAACGUGUGGUAUAUGACCUUGACUACCUGCUGGAGACAGAAGACUCCCACCAGCAACUUAUCACUUCCUCUGCUUCCCUUCCUAAACCACUCAGCAACUUGGAUGAGAGACGUGUGGGUAAGAUGGACAUGGCCGUGAACCACCUCAAUUUUGAAUCCAGAUUCGAGUGUGGAAAUUUACGACGAGUUAUUCAAGCCUCCAAGACGGAGUAUGACUUGAUUCUGAAUGCUGACGUCAACUCCUCUCAUCACUAUCAAUGGUUCUACUUUGAAGUGAGCAACAUGGAAGCCAACACACCCUAUGUCUUCAAUAUAAUUAACAAUGAAAAGCCUAACAGUGAAUUCAAUUUUGGGAUGAAGCCGGUAAUGUUCAGUGUGCAAGAGGCCAUGGAGGGACGAGGCAUGUGGGUACGCACUGGCUAUGACAUCUGCUAUCACAAGAACCACUUUUCCCGUGUCCCAAAGACUCAUGAUCCCACUCGCUCCAAGAGAUCAGCUGCAAGUGCCUGCUACUAUACAGCCACUUUUACUGUAGUCUUCCCUCAUGCCUAUGAUAUCUGCUACAUCGCAUAUCAUUAUCCCUACACCUACACUCGUCUCAAGGCUUACCUGAAUCGGCAAGAUGCAAGGGAGCUUUCCAGUCACGUGUUUUACAGCAAUCAGGUUUUGUGCCACACCCUGAAUGGAAAUCCUGUCCCCGUCCUAACUAUUACUUCCAAAAAUAAUAUUAAGGAUAAAGAAGUGAUCUUUUCACUGGCCGAGUUCAUCCAGGAGAGAGCAACUCCUCCUGGGUGAUGGAAGGUGUACUGGACCAGCUGUUGCGGGAGUCUUCCAUCUCGAACCAGCUGCUCGACAAGUUCAUCUUCAAGAUAG